AACACUUCUGUAGUACCGAGAAGUAGCGAGAGUGAUUAUGCCAGCGAGACAUCUUCAGUGGGGGAUGGCAACAUAAACAAACCCCCUUUUUAAGUAGCUCUAGCUAGGCAGUUCCAUCAGAAGAUAAUUUCUCAAAAAUGUUUUGGAAAUACUUUUUUGUGACUCUAUUUCUAGUAGGACCAAGUAAACGCUUCCUCACCUUGGCAACCCUGGAACGCACAGAUGCUGACAGCUUGAGAGCGUUGACUGAUGAAGAACUGGUGGAUGAAAUCUCACAGAAACUAUUAAGAGAGUCACAAAAAGACAAAAGUAUACCACAGCCAGUUGUCUUAGAAAUAAAAAAUUCUGGAGCUUCAGAUGGACUCAAUCUAGAAGGACAGAAUCUCGCCGAGAACAGUGUAGUUAUUACAACACAGAAAUCUGUUACUCAAAAACCUUUAGAAACUGGCGUGGCUGGAGAAACAGCGCUGCACAGCAGUAAACAGGAUGAAGAUAAGGAGAAGAAAUCAAGUUCCAUAUUUGACCCAGAGGAUAAAAAUUUUAUUAUUAUCAUAGCAGUUGCUGUAUCCACUGGUUUUAUUGGGCUUAUGUUUGCUGGUGUAUGUUAUUACAAGUUCAGGAAGAGUGCCAAAGCAGCUUGUGAUGUUGAAUAUCCUGCGUAUGGAGUUACAGGACCAACAAAGGAGAGAAUUCCUUCUCCUGGGGACAGAAAACUUGCACAGAGUGCCCAGAUGUAUCACUAUCAACAUCAGAAGCAGCAGAUGAUAGCCAUGGAAAAAGCAAAUGGUGACAUGAAGCAUGACGCCUCAGAUGAUGACUCAGAGGAAGACAAUGUAGAGGGAGACUACACAGUGUAUGAAUGUCCAGGUUUAGCACCGACAGGAGAAAUGGAGGUGAAGAAUCCACUUUUCCGAGGAGAUGAGACGCCUGUGACACCUGGCCAGGAUAUAACAGGACAACCUCAUGGUCAUGAACAGUUACCAGUAGACAAAGAGAAUCAGUGAUAGUCCUCCCCUCUCUCUCCCAGGCUGGCAUUCUCCACAUUUGCCCUCAUUUCUUCCUCCUGGUUUUGGGUCAAAAGGUAGAAACUAGUGAAGUCAAAGUGUUAGUUCAUACUUACCUACCCUGUCAUUGAACAUUGCAAUUUGAUUUCAUUUUUUGAUAACAACAAAUGUAUAAAGGAAAAAAAAAAACAUGAAUUAAAAUAGAUGCCAUUAUCUGGCAUUCAAAAAAAAAAGUUUUAGUAUUUUUCAAAUGUCUUGUUUUUAUUUUCUUAUGACAUUGUUGUAUAGGGCUGUGUUGUAUUGAUUUGUGACAGUUUUGUGACAUCAAAUAAACCACUUCUGUGAGUAAUGUGAAUUUUAAUGUCAGUAGUUUGUUGAAGAUCUUAAGUUCUAAACAUUUCUGUUUGCUAUAGAUUUAAUCCCCAGUCAAAUGUGAGUCAUCUUUAUCAGUUACUUGUAUUUUUAUACUCUACAUUGUGGCUUAGUCUCCCAGAACUUUAUAGCUAUUUACAGAACUUGUCAAUGCAGCCCUUCAAUUAUUGUUUUGAUAACUUUGAAUUAUGCCAGUUAACAAUACUUAACUUUUAAAACAUUUUUUUUUAUGUUAUAGAUAUUUUUUAUAUAUUUUUUUUUUAACUAAUGCUUUUUAUUUAGUCAAAAUAUUGGAAUUUUUUUUUUUGGUUUAUAUUUGGGAUAUCUGGGUCAUUGUUUCUUCUUUUGUUGCUCGACAACUUUGAUCUGCGACUUCAUCUUAUCCCAGUGACAUAGUGUCCAUGACAUUAUUUUUCAGAUUUUUUUAUUAAAUCUUACAUUGAAAUGAAACAUUUCUUUGGGACCAAAUGAAAAUAUUUUUUCACACUACACAGGAAAAAAAAUGCAUUUUCUUCUGUUUGAAAUAUCUAGUCUUAUAAAAAAUUUUUCCUUGUAUUUUAUUUUGUAUCAAUUGAUAUUGUUUAUCUUUACUGAAAUUUUUUGUGAUACUUUUUUUUCUGGAUUAGUUACCAAACUUUCAGUAUCAUUGUGUCUUGGCAUGGAUUCAAGGAAUUUUAUCUUGAUAAGAGGCCAGGUUUUAGGAAAGACAUUUACAUCCUGCCUAAUUAGGUCGUAGGAGAUUUUUUGUUUUGUUUUAAAGCUUGUUGAUUGUUUUCAAUUUGUUAUUUCCAUUUCAUUCCUGUUGAAGUGAUAACUUUUGGCCAUUCUAUUUUAUGUUUAGGAAAAAAUAUUUCUUUAAGAAAUUUUUGGCACGAACAGAUAACCCACUGGUUGUGAUUUUUAUAUUUGUUCUCAAAAUUUUUCUGAUUCGAAAAACUUGCUCAAGAUUUUCACCUCAGUUUGUUUUUACAAGUGGAAUCUAUUUAUAUCUUUUUCUUUCCGUUGAGACGACCUUUAUACACACACAUUUAUUUACUUCCCAGACAAAUACUUUGUAUUUAUUCUCCCUCCUUAAAACUCUUAAUGAUCUUUUAUUUUUUGUUCUAUUCCUCAUAUAAUUCAUAUUAUUUUUUGUUUUUCUUUCAUUUGCUCUUAAGUUCUCCCAACUUAAAAAGUCCAUACUUUUAACUUGUGACUUCCAUUUGGUGAUAGGGUGUUAUAUCUUGUAUAGAAAAUUGUAGACCAAUCAUUGUUGUACGAUUGGUCGACAAUGUUUUAGCUCAUCAACUGUGAUUUAAAAUAUUCAUUCAAAAUUUGUGGUAAAUUGUAUUGAUGUAUUUUUUUAAAUAGUUUUUUUGUUCUGGCAUCAGAUCACUCAGACUAUCUGCAUACACCCCAUUCAUUGGUAUCAUUUUGUUUUCAUGUUUUUCAAUUACUGGAUUGUAUUAGAUUCAGUUCUCAUUGUUUUUUUGUUUUUUUUCAGUUUUGAAUUAGCUAAUAUACUCUGGUACAAUGUGGGUUUUCAUUUUCUUGCUCUGUCAAUUGCCAGCUUAAUUCACUUAUAUAUUUUAUCAGUAAUUAGUAACUUUCCAAGUUAUACUCAAAAACUUUACUCAAGUCAUUUUUUGUUUUACAUAUACCCAUAAUUAAUGGCAAUUUAAAUUAUAUAUAUUUAUACAUUUACAUUUUCUGAAUACAAUAAUUCUUAUAUAUUCUUCUUAAAUGACCAACCUUUUUUUUUAUUGUUGCAUGAGUUUCAAAUUAACAUUAAUCCCAUGCUAGUGGAGAGCUUCACAUUUGUUGAGUUGAAAUGUCCAUUUUGUAUCAUUUGUGACAAAAGUCGUAUUGCUGCAUUUAAUAAUGUGUACAAAAGUAGGGCUUUAAGUAUUACUGAUGACUUCAGUCACAUUCUACUUGAGUAUAUUGACGCUAUUUCAUUUGUUGAGGGUUUCACACGUCAUGAUCUGUCUCCAUUACCAUAUUGUACAUAAUCUGUAGCAACACAUUGUACUGUGAUGUCAUGCCUCUUGGGUUCAAUGUUGUGAUUACCAUGCGUAGAAUUGGUUUGUCCCUGUCUGUGUUGAUGUUUUACUUUCUCUAUGUAGUCUCCUCAUGGGAACAUUUGAAACAGAAAAAUAUAAACAAAGGUUCUAAGUUCAAACUAUCAUUACAGGCUAUUAUUUGUUUCAAUGCUGGGUAGGAAGAAAUAAAAUAUAAUUUAAGUUCAAUAAAUGGUUCAGAUUUUUUCGCUGCAGUAUACAAGUUUUGUUCAUUUUUUUAAUGAUUUUGUACUAUCUAGAGAAAUUGUAUCAUCUGUGUGUUCCUGUUUUAUAAGAGUUUGAGUCUUUGUCUUAUUUCCUUGUUAGAAAAUUUAAAACCAAAAUGUGUUUCUAUUUUAUAUUAAUCAAAUUUAAAAUUGAGAAACAAAUGAAAGUCUAAGACAAAACUUUAAAUCCAUAAAACAUCAGUCUUAUUUAAGUUAAUAUAUCAAUACAGCCAAUAAGCAAAGAUACCAACAUAGUCAAAGCUGCUAUAUUAUCAGAGUACAAAAAAAAUUGUCAUAGAUCCAGUUUCAACAGAAUUCUGCUUUUAUUGUGCCACAAUUGUCAGACUAUUAUUUAAUUUUUUUAAAGUUAUGAACUACAGCUCUAUGAUAGGAUUGAAAAAGGAAAAAGGGAGGUGUUUUUGAUUUUUCAUAGGAAACAAAGAAAAAAGAUUCUAUACAUUUGUUUAAAUUUCUAACGGUAAAAGCUACUUGGAUGAAAUCUUUCAGGAAUGAUCCAACUACUGUGCUCUUUAUUAAAACAGGUACCAAAGUUUAUUUUUUAGAGAAAUCUCUGUCUAUUGUUUGGUGAAACUGUCUUACUGUCCAGUGAUUAUUGUUUAUUUCUCUAUGUUUAUUAAAUAUUAGUUGAUUUAAAAACACAAAACAGAAAAUUUUCUUUCAUAUUGCUAUGGAAUAAAAAAAAAAUUAGGCUUCCAAGACAACAGUCUUGUCAGUUAAUAUGGUUGAAUAAGAUGGCAGUGAUAUGUAUAUUAUCAAACAAAACAUUGCAUUUAAUUUUCCAAAUAUUACAAUAUUCUUUUAUUGAUUUUUAAGCUCCACAAAAUUUUUUGUUUAAACAUAUUUGUCUAUUUUUUUUCCUGGCUGAAAAAUUGAGCCUUGAAAUCAUCUGUAAAUUAAAUCCCUGUACAUAUAGCCCACUGCCACAGUUUGUUUUUAUAUUUCAGUAAUGGACUUAAAGUAUCUAUUAGUUUCUAUUCAGGCAUGUCUUCUUUUACCCUUCAUUUCAGGUAUUUUAUUUGUAAGUACGAUUCCAGUCAUGUUUUAAUCAAGUGUUUGCUAAACAUUUUUUGGGUCAUUUAUUUUCUAAUGUUGAAAUUAGUGACAGCAAUAUGAAAUAAAAUUUCCAAACUUCA